AUGUACUCGAGACUUGUUUUAGUUCUCUUAGCAACUACAGCUUAUGUUUCUGCUGCGCCGAAGUCCAAACGGGCUUCGGACUGCACGACGACCAUCAGUUCUAUUGAUGAUGCUACCAACGCUGGAGACUGCACCACUGUCAAUAUCAAUGGCUUCACCGUACCGGCUGGAGAGGGCUUUGAGCUCGACCUCGCGGAUGGGACGACUGUUAACCUGAACGGCAAUGUACUCUUCGGAAACAAAUCUUGGGAAGGACCACUUUUCACUAUUAGCGGAGACGAUAUUACGUUCAAAGGGAAUGGCCAUAUCUUUGACGGUGGAGGACCGUUCUACUGGGACGGCUUGGGUGGAGGAGGCGGUGUCACUAAGCCUGACCCAAUGAUGAAAAUCAGGAUUUCAGGCACAUUCAGCGACCUGAAAGUCGUCAACUCACCGCAACGAGUAUUCAGUGUUUCUAACCCAGGUCCUUUGACCAUCUCCGGAUGUACAGUUGACAACUCCCAGGGAGACCAACCAAACGCUAACAGUGAUGGGGAGGCCGCUGGACACAACACCGACGGUUUUGAUAUCUCAUCUACUGAUGUUACGUUUACUGGAAAUACUGUCAUGAACCAAGAUGACUGCCUUGCUGUCAAUAAGGGUUCAAAUAUCGUGUUCACAGGCAACACUUGUUCUGGGGGUCAUGGUAUUUCGAUCGGGUCUAUUUCCUCGGACGCGACUGUCAAUGGUGUCUUGAUCACUAAUAAUAAGAUUAUCAACAACGACCAAGCUCUCCGCAUUAAGACGAAGGCAGACGCUACUGAUGCAAGCGUAACUAACAUCACUUACUCUGGGAACACUGGCACUGGGAUGCGUAGGUUCGGAAUCAUCAUCGACCAAAGUUAUCCCGAUACGCUCGGCACUCCUGGAAACGGUGUCAGCAUCUCGGACAUUAGCUUCAUUGACAGUUCCAACACUAUCGAGGUUAGUGAUGACGCUGUUCGCGUCGCAGUGAAUUGCGGCGAUGGUUCUUGCACGGGUACAUGGGAUUGGAGUUCUUUGACGGUCACUGGUGGAAAGGCUAGUGAGAUCACUGGGUUCGACGGCAUUAGCGGAGGCUCAUUUUGA